AAUUUAGAACGGCCAGUAAAUUCAAGCAGUUGCCAAAAUCUUAAUUUUGGGUUCUCAGAAAAUGGACAGUAUGGACAGAAGGGGAAUGUCCGUGCAUCUUUCACGGGUUCUUGGAGACAUCGGGGUAAACAAGUUUAUAAUUGCCAAAAGGAGGAGGACUUGGCUGGAAAAAGAGACAAUGCAGAUAUUCUCCGAUGCAACAAUUACUGAUUAUCAUUUUGGCAGCCAGACUGAGGGAACUACAACACCUGGCAUGCAGUCAGACAUUGAUAGUUUGAGCUGUAUAAAUAGAAUACCUGUGGUACUUGGCUGGAAUGAAUGGAAGAAAGGGAAGCGUCAUCUUCUAGUGAUAAAGACAGAAGAGUCCCCACCCCAGCACUGUUGGCUACAAAGAGUUGGGCCUGAUCUUCCGUUACCAGAAUUACAGAUCAUGUUCCCUAGCGAUGUUAUAGACCGAGCAGGUAGAGUGUUAAUGUCAAACACACAGGUGGAAAAUUAUAAAUAUUCUCAAGAACUUAAUGAGUUGGGUGAAGUAAUUCAGCAUGGCCCAUCUAGGAGCUGGGCUAAAAACAGAGAUAAUGUUUUAGCCUAUCAUUGUGACAGUCUUCCAGAGGAGUGUAAAUUUUUGUUCCAAAGACCCCGUCCUGGACAUUGGCCCAGACCUCACACACUGGCCAAGGCCAUGAGGACUGGGGUGUUCCUGGUACCACAGGGAUACAAGGAGUCUCCUUCAAGACCAACAAAAUAUCGCUCCUCCCCACUUCAUGUCACCCCAUAUGACCCAUAUUAUCCAUUGUCAAAACGAGAAUGGCGGUUUUCUACCUCGUUGAUGGAGAGGUUACUGAUUUUUGACAUGACUACAAUACAACUUAAAGUGUACGUAACCAUAAAAAUAAUUCGUAAAACAUUCUUGAAGCCGAUAGUUGGAGACCGUCUCAGUACGUUUCACAUAAAGACUGCCAUGAUGUUCACCAUCGAGACAUAUCCAUCCGAAAUAUGGAGGAAGGAAAAUCUUGUACAGUGUGUGAUCUACUGUCUGACCACACUUCACAGAUGGCUUAACAUCAAAUUCUGUCCACACUAUACGAUAGCUGGAGUCAAUCUUUUUACUGGAAAGUUGUUCAGUCAUGAAAUUAACACUAUUUCCGGUAUUGUAACCUGCAUGAUAGCCUCGAAUCUACAAUGCAUUUAUCAAAUUGAGAUGGACUCACUUGGGGCAAAAUUGUCAGCACUUAGCUUUGGCAUCAGAAAUGGUGAAACAUUAUCUAGGGAUAGGAACAAUCAAGAUAUUUCAACAGAUCUAAUUGAUUCCUUUUUGCGAUCUGUUCAGGCAACGUUACAUGAGCUGAAAGUAAAUCAUGCUAUACUUGGAUAUCACCAGAUCGUACAAUCUCUAUCUGAAAACUUCGAAAUACUGAUUCACAAAUCAGAGCAAGGACAUUCUAUACAAAAACAAAUAUCUGCUGCACUUAUUCCUUAUUUACGUUGCACAAUUGCCUCUUUAAUGGCCUCAAGAUGCAUACAUGAGGGACAAACAAUUACACAGGACAUUCUCAACCUGUACCAACUAUCCUUUGAUGAAGACCUACUAUCCGAAAGACUGAAGUUUUCCUCCAUGCUGUAUUGCAGUGGGCAGUACGAGGCAGCAGCAAAUUACUUAACCUACUGCGAGGGACUGCUGGGUCCGGAAGUGUAUCCAUUCUGUAAUUGUAUUGGACGAGAAUGUUUUAAACGCGAUAACGUGUUUCUAAAUGUUGCCUUUAAAAAAUCGAACAUGACAAUGCUUACAAAGCACACUUCCCUUUGUAUACAUUUCACAAGGAAUGAACUGUGUUGUAUUCCGCCGUUCCUUGUGCUUGAAAUGUUUAGAACAAUAAGUGAGGAGGACAGACGACAGAGACAUCCGACUCCUUUAUAUGAGUGGAUGGACCUGGUCGUAGUUGACUGUACACCAUUCCUCCAUUACCUCCAGUUCCUCACAUACAUGCAGCUCAACCACCAUGACCGAGCAAAAGAGGAAAUGCUGAAACUUGUCAGGUACAUUGCGAAUAACUUUGGUUUUGGGCACACAGACACUUCCUUAAACAUGAUUGGUCAUUGUUGUGAACAAGUGAGCUGGCUUGAUGGAGCCUGGAAGUGCUACGGGAAAUCACUGCAAUUAUAUCCGCUAAACAACGCUGCCAAGUGGCAUUUGGCCAGACUUCUACAUCAAAUAAUUAAUCACUGACAUUGUGGGGAAAGCGAAUAUUACUCGGAAGAAACACGCUUAAAUGGCUUGGUACUUAAUAACUUUGGACACUGCAGUUAACUGGUUAAUACAUGUAUGUUAAGCUAUACCAUUGAAGCAACGCUGCAUAUUGGCAUGUGUCCAGACAUCUGCACUAAGAAAGCAGGAACUGAACAUGCUUGACCAUGUUGUGAAAUUGUGUCCUAAGUAGACAUGAUCUAUGGAUCUGCUAUACGAUUAACAUGUAUGGCUGUAUAUACUACAGAUGGUGUUACAAGCAAAUGUUUACAUGUAAUUAUACAGAUCAAUACUAUUAUACAUUAUGUAUGUCACUCAUUUUACGAGAAAGGUCGACAUUAUUUGUAUUAAAAUGUUUAAUAUAUUGUAAGUAAUUGGUGUUUAUAGUCGGGUUUUGAAUAGCUUGAAUGGAUAUAUGAAAAAUCAAUAAAAAAGUAAUUGUCUUUUAAAUAUAUUGUUUUCUGAAUGUUAUUACCUGCAUGUUGUUGACUUUACAACGAUUGUUUUAUGAAUAAUAUCUUUGUUAUGAUAUUGCGCUGUAAAUCGGCACAUAAGUACCUAUACAAAUACUUAUGUGCCAAAUACAUAAAACGUUGCUAUAAAGCGCGCCUAUUUUCAACGCUAUUUAUUAAUGACGUAACAUCACACUUUUUGGAUGAUUAUAACACUAUUUUUAUAAAUCGAAAAUAGGUAAUGACGUCGUCUUUUGAUAGCGACGUCAUUCAUCAUACAAAUCAAUUCAUUAUAGAAAAAUGAGA